AGACUGGCGGGCAUCGCUGGGAAGUUUGACUAAGAAGAAAGGACGACGAAGCAAAAAAAUAUGUAAACAGCUAAAGCUGCCUGCAGAGCUCACACACGUAGCAUCAUCUGCUUUAGCGCACACACCAUGCGAUUCAAGCUUGACGCACAGCGCCGAUAUCGGGACAUCAUGUACCUCAUCAGCAAAGAGAAGGAGAAAGAGCUGCUCUUCUGGCUCUGUAAAGGAGAAAAGAUGGACAUCCCUUGCGAAAGACACAUGUACGAUUGCGUCUGAGGGAGCGUCUACGCUUAUAUCACUUCGGAGUGCACGCAGCGUAUUGGAUGAGCAAUGUAUACUGGAUAGUCUCAAACUGAAACAGAAAGAUCUGGGGGGUGUAUCGGGUGCAACGAGGCCGUUGUCACAGGUUGACCCCAGUCUGCACACAUUCCGUGCCCAGGAAUUUGACGAUGAAAGUCGGUGGGAGGGGUCGAAUCACUGUCAUGUGUCACCUUCAAGCUCAUGUUCGAUGAGGUCGAGCGCGAGAGCAGUACAGAAGAGAAGGAAGACGCAUCGAACACCUUCACUGUCAGUAAGUAUGUCAGGUACACGACCGAGAUUGACCCAAGCAAUAUCGAGUUUUACUACCAGUACAGAUCAAACUUUGUCGCUGGAGGUGUCCCCGGCAUCAUCCGUGCCCUUUUCGUCGCCGUCUGGUGAGAAGACUCAGGUGCCUAUAUAUAGAUCUCGGAACUCGGCUUUGCGAGUAGAGAGUGCAGACGGGCAGACGAUUAAUCACAGAAGUAGGUUGAGUGGUUAUAAUAAUGGAAAAAAUCGGAGGAAAAACUUGAAACCGAAUUCGAACCAAACACUGGUCUUACCCUCGUCCCCAACAUCUAAGAACCUUUCGAAUUCGGCACCGAUUAACUUUGGAAGAAAUCGUUCAGGGCCGUCGGUGUCGGCUAGCAAUUGGAAGGAGAUAUUGGCUAAAAAGGGAGUUAUUCCUAUCAGUUCAGGACGAUUGCCAGGACAGGGGUUCCAAAUGCAGAUACAUAGCCAGAGGAAACGAUCCCCCUCUCCGUUAUCAACAGCGUCGACUGACAGUAGCUCCCUAUUAAGUGGAUCAGAUAUAGGUCAGGACUGUAGUCAGCGUAAGCGUCGACGGCUGGCAGGUACUACGAGGACAGUGCGUGAUGUUGUCUCGAAUAAAAUUACCGGCAGUCACAAUCUGCCACGCCGCACCCCUCACAUAGUCGGACUCGAUACUGCAGUUGUACCGAGAGCUACCUUCGCUAUGCUAGACUCGCCAACCCUUCUAAACUCACCGCCCAACGAUCGUGCAUCGCGAAUGGGGAGUGAAACAGAGUUUGUAGAUGAUGUGGAAAGGGAUAGCGAUCAUGCGAAGGACUGGUCGCGCAUAUCUGGUGCUGGGGAGCCGAGAAAUGUAAAGUCAAGAACAUCUGGGUCGUCAAACAGUAUGCCAUUUCUACAAAACGCAUCUCUUUUAACGGUGAGUACGGUGCAACGGGAUGGAUCUGCUGGCGCAUCAAACUCUGAAGUCGAUGGCGACAGCUCUCAGGAGACCUUAAGCAUCGAAUGGAAUAACAGCAGUACAACUAACGAGAAUGACGACAUGUCUGUCCAACAAGACUCAGUAGCACAUGCGAACAUGAGCGUUGGUGAGAAUGUGUCACGAAAGGUGGACAUACCUUCUGCAUGCAGUAUACUUGUGCCCAUACCACAAAAAGACGCAGUUGAAACCACAAGCACUGUCAGAAGCGACAAAGACGAUGAAACCGUUACACGUGCACAGGAUAAGCCUUUCAAUCCUCGCGCACUACUUUCUCGAAACGGUGACAGCACAUCCAUCCCCGCGUUUGCAUACAAGUCGACGUCACUCUUAGCCAUCGCACGGGAGCAGGAAAAUGCAAAUCAUAUGGGACAAAACAGAAGCGCGGAUACAUGCAAGCCUCAGAAAAACGGACUCAGUGGCUACUUAGAACACGCCAUUAACAGGCGCAAAAGCCAAGCACGAAUCUGGAACGAUGGGAUGUUGACCGGCGAGUUUCUGACCGUGUGUGUAGUGGAUGUGUAUGCACAGACCUACGGGGUAGUGAUUGUAAGGUGUUGUAUGAUAGAAUCCGAUACAAACAUGUAUGAGGACGGGGUGGAUUCACUGGUGAGCGCUGCAACGGAGGGUGUAGUGGAGGGCCCAGAGGUAUACGUGGUGCUAGAUUUACAGACAGCCUCUCUGCUGACAUCAGUGCAAGAUACUAUUCUACAAAUAUACAGCCCGUGGCAUACAGUUGAAGCACCGGUAGCCGAUGGAAACAAUUUGUACCCUAUUGCGCUAGGAGGACAUGGUGGUCCGGAAGUGGGGGAGUUAGAUAGAUACCCACGGGCCGACAAAAAAAAGAACGCCGAGCGGAUUGAGCCCGAUAUUGAAGAGGUUCCCACAUUCAUUCCAGCUACCAAUCAUAUAAUUUUUCCCAGCCGCUGUGUUAUUUUUACCCCAAGGUCGGAGCUGGGAGAGGAUGCUACGUGAAGAAUUGUUAAUUUAAAAUACACAUAAAUAUUCUUGAAGUAUGCAGUACAGGUGAUGUGCUACACACGGAAGUAGGGUUUGG